AUGAUAGAUUUGAUCUCAGCAAGAAAUAACGUUUUUAUAUGGAGUGCAGAAGACUGGCUGAAGCUUAGACGGGAUUAUCGAAUCAUUGGUGAACUCAUAGGUUGUCUUCCAAAAAAACCUAGACAAGAUAUAUUUUCAGGUCUUCCAUUACUUUUACUUCCAGAAGAAGUAUCUCUUUUACUUGAAAAAAAUGUUGCACGUCUGAUACGAUAUCCCUGUCUUCAAAACCCACCAUCUAAUACCUUAAAGCAAACUUUUGAAGAAUAUAGAAAUACAUUAUAUAUAGAACAAGAAAAAUGCUUAAGGAAAGAAAGACAAAAACAGGUGAUUGGAAUGAUGGACAAAAUUAUAGAAGGAAAGAAACGAAAAAUUCUUGGAAUAGAUACAAGAAAAAAAAAAGUAAGCAAACCAUUAGAUCCAAAAGUACAAGAAGCACUAAAUAAUAUUGAAAUAAAUAGACAAGAUUUAUUAAACGAGGAAAUGGCAAAAUUACCUAAGUUAGAUAAAAGUGAUGCUCUGAUUCAAACUCAUACAGUAUAUCCAUGGACAGAUACAGCUGAUGUGGAAAUAAUAGAAUGGAAAUAUCCUUGCAAUUAUAAACAACAACUUCGUUAUAAAACAUAUAAAGAUCUGUGGGAGAAAGGGUAUUAUGUAACUAGUGGAGAAAAAUUUGGAGGAGAUUUUUUGGUGUAUCCUGGAGAGCCUAUUAUGUUUCACUCUCAAUUUAUAAUCUUAUGUAAAGACAAAAGUGAAGAAAUCCCAAUAACUGAACUUUCAGCUCAAUGUCGGAUUGCUUGCCAUGUUCGAAAGACGCAAGUAUAUGCAUUCUUUUCUGCAAAUCAAGAUAAUAUAAAAUACCAAUCGUUUCAAUGGGCUGAAAGUACUAUGUUUGAAUAA